UAUUCGUUUUCUCUUUAAACAGAAAAAGUAGGCAACCCGACCCUGACACACCAAACCCGCCCGACCCGUAUUGCUAUUUCAUCAAAUUUUCUUUUCUUUCUCAGAGCAGGUUGUUCGGUUGUUGGGGGGUUUAUGUAAAACCCUUGUUUCUCUGUAUGUACUUCCAUUAACAGCCCCAUAAAAAAACCCAUCAUCGAUCUGCCAUGGCCGAAUCACAAGUAACAACAGAUAAUAAUAACAACAAAGUUGAAGAUAAUAACUUAAUACAAGUAGCUGCAGAAAUGAAGCCAUGGGAGCAACAUUCAGCUGUAAUUAGCAUCCCUCGUUACGAUUACAAAGCUCCGGCUUCUUUCGUUCAUCGAUCGUUCUCCGGGUUCCUCAUUACUUGCCCCAUCAAGAGGGAGAAGAGUGCCACAAAAGAAGCCAUGUCCAUGCUUGAUAAGUAUCUUACAAAUAUGUGCAGCUCUGAAGGAGAGAAAGACCCUGAAAAUGUUGUUCCAAAGAGAAGGAAAGUAGAUGUGAGCGAAAAAAAGGAGUGUACUGGUGUUAUAGAAAAGAAGAAUCUGGAUAAUAACAAUGGUGCUUCAGAGGUUUCAGAAGAUUCUUGUAUAUACUCUUCAAAACAAGAUGCAAUUGCUACGAGAGCUGACCCUCUUUCGUUGGUUAAGCUGACAAGGAGUGGUUUAAUUCUCCUUACAUUUUCGCAUGACCAUUGUCCUAACGUGGUGGACAUAGUAUCAAACAUCAUGCAGUCUUUGGAAUUUGGAAGUUCGAAAGCACCACUUUGGUGCCAUAGGAUUCUACCUAUCCAAACCACUUGUGUUUUGCAAGAAAAAGAGCUGUGCGCUCUUGUAUCAAAGCUUGUUGCCGACUUCAUGAAAAAUGAAGGAAAGGAACUUGCUCGACCUAUAAAGUUUGCAAUAGGAUACAACAGAAGAGGAAUUGAGGAGACAGAACUAAAAGGCGCAAAUGGCGAUUUAAAUCAAGUGGCAUUGCUUGAUCGUAGCAGAUGCUUUGAGGUUGUGGCUUCUGCUGUGAAAAACAUUGUCUCGGAUUCAGUUGUUGAUCUGAAAUGUCCAGAGCUCACUGUUCUUAUAGAGCUUCUACCUAUCUCUGGGCUACCCAAAGGGUCACCUGUGGUUGCUGUUUCAGUUCUUCCACAAAAGCUCAUCAUGACCAAACCUCGCCUUGGCAUCAAAGCUUUGGUUCAUGAUACGAAAUCAAAGAAGUGAAAGUCUGAAAGGAUAAUGAUAAUCGGUUUUGUAAUUUUAGCAUCGUUUCGUUACCAAAUUCAAUCAUAUUUGGGGUUUGAUAGAGUAUUUUAUUAACAAAAUGUCGAUCAUUUUUCAAUUUUCAUUUCUUUUUGUUAUAAAGUUAUCAAGUUUUUGUUGACA